CCUCCAGUCUUACCGCCAGCCCUCCAGCUCAGUGUGCCGCCCCCCUACACACCCAACUCCACCAUGAGCCGGUCCUACUCCUCCUCCCAGACGGCCUCCUCGUACCGCCGCACCUUCGGGUCGGGCCUGGGCAUCUCCCCGUCCCUGCCCCGCUCCGUGUUCUCCGGGCGCGGCUCCUCCGGCUCCGCGCACACGGCGUCCCGCGUCUACGAGGUCACCAAGACCUCCUCCUACCCCAGCUACUCCAGCUACCGCGCCUCCUCCGCCUAUGGCGGGCCCACCUCCCGCUCCUACGCCGGCCUGGGCGAGACGCUGGACUUCAGCCUGGCCGACGCCAUGAACCAGGACUUCCUGCAGACGCGCACCAACGAGAAGGCCGAGCUGCAGCACCUGAACGACCGCUUCGCCAGCUACAUCGAGAAGGUGCGCUUCCUGGAGCAGCAAAACCAGACGCUGGUGGUGGAGAUCGAGCGGCUGCGCGGCCGCGAGCCCACGCGCGUCGCCGAGAUGUACGAGGACGAGAUGCGGGAACUGCGCAGGCAGGUGGAGGCCCUGACCAAUCAGAGAUCCCGUGUGGAGGUGGAGCGGGACAACCUGAUCGACGACCUGCAGAAGCUCAAACUCAGGUUGCAGGAGGAAAUUCAGCAGAAGGAGGAGGCUGAGAACAACCUGGCUGCCUUCAGAGCUGAUGUGGAUGCUGCCACUCUGGCCCGGCUCGACCUGGAGAGACGCAUCGAGACCUUGCAGGAGGAGAUCGCCUUCCUCAAGAAGAUCCAUGAGGAGGAGAUUCGCGAGCUGCAGGCCCAGAUGCAGGAGACCCAGGUCCAGAUCCAGAUGGACAUGUCCAAGCCGGACCUGACUGCAGCGCUGCGGGACAUCCGGGCCCAGUAUGAGGGCAUCGCCGCCAAAAACAUCGCCGAGGCCGAGGAGUGGUACAAGUCCAAGGUGUCAGAUCUGAACCAGGCAGUGACCAAGAACAACGACGCCCUGAGGCAGGCCAAGCAGGAGACCAUGGAGUACCGCCACCAGAUCCAGUCCUACACCUGCGAGAUUGACUCGCUGAAGGGGACCAACGAGUCUCUGAUGAGGCAGAUGAGGGAGAUGGAGGACCGUUACGGCCGGGAGGCUGGCGGUUACCAGGACAGCAUCGCCCGUCUGGAGGCUGAGAUCGCCAACAUGAAGGACGAGAUGGCCAGGCACCUGCGGGAGUACCAGGACCUGCUCAAUGUCAAGAUGGCCCUGGACGUGGAGAUCGCCACCUACAGGAAGCUUUUGGAAGGGGAGGAGAACCGGAUUGCACUUCCUGUGCAGACGUACGCCACCAUGAGCUUCAGAGAAACCAGUCCUGAGCAGCACCAGCGCUCAUCGGAGGUCCAUUCCAAAAAAACAGUCCUGAUCAAGACCAUUGAGACUCGUGAUGGGGAGGUUAGCUACGAGUAGGCGAGGGGGGCCGCUAGAGCUCGCUGUGUUGUCAGUGAAUCCACGCAGCAUCAGGAAGAUGUCAUGUAGAACACAGAAGAACGGAAAAAAAAGAAAAAAAGACGAUAAAAGAGAAAAAAAAACUAGGACAUUCAUAUACCAAUAGCGACUCUUCGUUUUUUUUUUUAAAGGACAGACACACAGUUUUUAAUGCACUCACAUUAACUGCUCACUGAUGAAAUGAACACUUACUGAAAGCCACAGAAAUGGAAAAAUAAUGAGAAAUGUGUAUAAAGACGGGGACAGCAGGUUUGCCAUCUGCCAGGUAACGGGUUGGCGGGGCAUAUCCCAUACCUAUACAGCACCAACAUUGAAACAAGACAGGGAAAGAGCACUGCUGAGAGAAAGCUCAGUCUAAGCUGUGUGUCUGUGUGUGCGUGUUGGUCUCCCUGAAUUUAUACAAUGUUGUUCCUCAACGACGAAAAUCUGCAAUAAAGAUCUGCAGUCCUUGGAUGACUUCGAUGUUAAGUAGAUUUCAUUCCUGUUCGACAGCACA